AUGGCUAGUGUUUCCUAUCAAAUCGCCAAUCUUCUCGAGAAGAUGACAUCAAAUGACAAGGAUUUUCGUUUCAUGGCUACAAAUGAUUUGAUGACCGAACUGCAAAAAGAUAGCAUAAAGUUGGAUGAUGAUUCUGAAAGAAAAGUUGUAAAAAUGUUGCUUCGUUUACUUGAAGAUAAAAACGGAGAGGUUCAAAAUCUAGCGGUUAAAUGUCUGGGCCCACUUGUGAAUAAAGUAAAAGAAUAUCAAGUGGAGGGCAUUGUGGAAACUUUAUGUGCAAAUAUGUUGUCUGAUACUGAACAACUAAGAGACAUAAGCAGCAUUGGGCUAAAGACUGUCAUAUCAGAGUUGCCUUUAGGAUCUAACACAUUAGCUGCAAAUGUGUGCAAAAAAAUAACUGGCCGGUUAAGCAGUGCUAUUGAGAAGCAAGAAGAUGUUUCGGUGCAAUUAGAAGCUCUAGAUAUUUUGGCUGACCUACUUAGCAGGUUUGGUGGACUGCUGAUAUCAUUUCAUCCAAUGUUGUUGAAUUCAUUGUUGCCCCAACUUGCUUCUCCAAGACAGGCUGUUCGUAAGCGAACCAUUGUAGCUCUAUCUCACUUGGUGAUGUCCUGUAAUGCAACUUUGUACAACAAAUUAAUUGAUCAUCUUUUGGAGGGAUUGAGCAGUUCUUCAUCAGCUAGCGUCAGCCGUACACAUAUACAAUGCAUUGCAUCUAUUUGCCGACAGGCUGGACACAGAUUUGGUGAACAGUUGUGGAGAGUGGCACCACAAGUGCUUGAACAUUCAACAGACUCUGAUGAGGAGUUGAGAGAGCAUUGCCUUCAGGCUCUGGAAGCCAUUGUUUUAAAGUGCCCAAAAGAGGUUCAGCCACAUAUUCCUACUAUAAUAGACCUCUGCCUUAAGAUGAUAACAUAUGACCCCAACUAUAACUAUGAAGAUGAGGAGGAAAGCGGUGGUGGAGAGGAUGAAGAUAUGGAAGAGGAGUCCUUUGAACCUGAUGCAGACCCUGAGUCUGACUCUGAAGAGUACUCUGAUGAUGACGACAUGUCAUGGAAGGUCCGCCGUGCAGCCGCUAAAUGUCUCGAAUCAGUGAUAUCUACGCGUCACGAGCUCUUAGCUGAAAUGUACCAAACUGUGUCGCCAGCUUUAAUUGCCAGGUUCAAAGAGCGUGAAGAAAAUGUGAAGUGCGAUAUCCUCAGUGCGUACACGGCUUUACUGAGGGCAACAAAACCUCCGCCCACCCUACAAGUCUCUAUUGCACCCACUGACAACUCUCCGCAAGCUCUGCUUAUACAAAGGGUGCCAAGUAUCGUCCGUGGCGCUCUUCGCGUCAUCCGCGGUCGUAGCGUGCGUGCCCGUGGUGCCGCACUAGCUUUACUGCGGGAGUUGUUAGCCGCGGCUCCAGGCUGCCUCACUGACCAUGCCGCUAAGGUCAUUAGGGCUCUCACACCACCCCUCAUGGACAAAGGCACAGCAUCCUCAAUGAAAAUAGAGACCCUGGUGUUCAUCUGGUGGGUGUCGCGGGGUCCGGGUGCUGCAGGGCUUCGUGCUCACGUGACUGCGUUGUUACCGGCCGUGUUGGCCGCCGUGGCUGACCCCUUCUAUAAGGUUACCGCUGAGGCACUGAGGGUUCUGCAGGCGCUGGUUAAGAUUAUGAGACCACUCGAUAACAUAGAAAAUAACGAAUGUAUCGAAGUGGAGCCGGCACCGGAAGAGUUCCGUCCGUUUAUCCCCGCGAUGUACGAGUGCACGCUCGUUCGACUACGUGCGACUGAUAUGGACCAGGAGGUGAAGGAACGGGCCAUAGCCACCUGUGGACAACUUAUAUGUCACUUUGGUGAUUAUUUACAGAAUGAGCUGCCAGUGUGUCUUCCGAUAUUUUUGGAAAGACUGAGAAAUGAAAUCACAAGACUUACAACAGUUAAGGCUCUCACAAAAAUCGCCUCAUCACCUCUGCGAAUUGAUCUCAGACCUAUCUUGUCCGAUGCAGUGCCCAUUCUCGGAUCAUUUCUACGUAAGAACCAAAGGGCUUUGAAAUUGUCGACGCUGCUUCUACUUGACACACUCGUACAGAAUUAUAGCGAUCACAUCAGUAUAGAGCUGUUGAGUAAGGUACUGACGGAAGUACCGGCGUUGGUAUCGGAGGUGGACUUACACUGCGCCCAAACAGCUCUGUCGCUGGUGUCCAACGUUUGCCGCCGCUGCCCCGCUGCCCUCAGACACGAGGCGCUCACUCCCAACAUUCUGGCCUUGGCUAACUCACCGUUGCUGCAAGGUGGUGCCUUAAAGGCAAUGGUAGGCGUACUAUCGGCGUUGGUGGAAGCGGAUGUGCCUGGGUGUUCUAGAAGGGAACUGUUGGCCUUGUUGGUGGCGCCGGUACACCGGAAUACCGACCACAACGCCACCGCUCAUCAUAUUAAGCAGGCCUAUCACUCGCUAGCGAAGUGCGUAGCGGCAGUAGUGGUUGGGGGCGGCAGUGCGGGGGGCGAAGCCCUGCAGACGACGCGGGCUUUCCUUCGGGACGCCGCAGACCCACCCUCUGACACCGUGCAUAUGUUCGCGCUAUUGGCUAUCGCUGAGAUCGGACGCCAUUUGGAUCUAAGCUCAAUACCGAAUCUAAAGGAAGUGCUUCUAAAUUCCUUCACACCAUCUUCCGAGGAAGUGAAAUCUGCAGCGAGUUACGCCCUUGGCUCAGUGGCUGUUGGCAACCUGCCCGAGUUCCUGCCUUUCAUAUUGGGCGAGAUCGACGCCCAGCCAAAAAGGCAGUAUCUACUACUUCAUUCACUUAGAGAGAUAAUCGCCUGCGAAUCAACAACACCAGAGGGAGUGGAGGCUUUGAGGCCUUUCAUUCCGGAAAUUUGGAUUCAACUCUCAAAACACUGUCAAUGCGCGGAGGAAGGAUCUCGGAAUGUCGUUGCUGAAUGUCUAGGAAAGUUGUGUCUCCUGGAGCCACAAGACUUGUUGCCACAUCUCAAGGAGUUCCUCAAGUCUCCCGAACCAUUAACUAGGACCACAGCCGUAACGGCUGUCAAAUUCACCAUUUCUGAUCAGCCGCAAGCAAUAGACGGCCUCCUCCGUGCCUGUAUGGCGGAGCUUCUAGUGCCCCUACGCGAUCCGGAACUAGGCGUGCGUCGAGUGGCGUUAGUGGCUUUCAACUCUGCUGCUCAUAAUAAACCCAGCCUCGUCAGAGAUCUGCUACCGCAAGUGCUGCCCACUAUUUAUAGUGAGACUAAAGUCAAGAAAGAGCUUAUACGUGAAGUGGAAAUGGGACCAUUCAAGCACUCGGUGGACGAUGGCUUAGACUUGCGUAAGGCAGCAUUCGAGUGUAUGUACACACUAUUAGGGACUUGCUUGGACCGCCUCGACGUGUUUGAGUUCCUGCGACACGUGGAAGACGGCCUCAGAGACCAUUACGACAUCAAGAUGUUGACUUAUCUCAUGUGCGCGAGGCUGGCGAGCCUGUGCCCCGCUGUUGUUUUGCAGAGGUUGGAGAGUCUAGUAGAGCCUCUCCGUGCGACCUGUACCAUGAAAGUGAAGGCCAACUCCGUGAAACAGGAGUACGAGAAGCAGGAUGAACUCAAACGGUCAGCUUUACGGGCCGCAGCUGCCUUACUGCAGAUACCCGAAGCUGAAAAGAACCCCCACUUAAUGGACUUCGUGACUCAAAUAAAGUCGUUCCCGGAACUGCAGCCGAUUUUCGAGUCCAUCCUGAAGGACUCCAGCGGCCUAGACUCCAACCUCAUGGACCAGAGUUAG